GCCUGACGCGGCGCCGCGUUCUCCCAGAGCUGCGCGGGGCGAGUGGUUUCUCCGGCUCUGUGCUCUUCUGCGACUAACGCUCUGGGGCGGGGCGGGGCGGGGCGCGCCGCUCGGUUGGAGCGCCUGAAGCGGAGAGAAUCGGCGGCGAGACGCCGGCCCCAGCAUGUCGCUGCCUCCGGAGAAAGCUUCUGAGCUGAAGCAGCUCAUCCACCAGCAGCUGAGCAAGAUGGACGUCCAUAGCAGAAUAAGAGAAAUCCUUGCUGAUACAAUACGGGAAGAAUUAGCUCCUGAUCAACAACAGUUAUCAACAGAAGAUUUGAUCAAAGCUCUUAGACGUCGGGGAAUCAUUGAUGAUGUGAUGAAAGAACUUAAUUUUGUUACUGACAAUGCUAAUCAAGAACUCCCUCUCUCUCCAAAACAACCAGUUUGUUUUACUGAUAGACAAUCAACGUUGUUAAAAAAAACUAAUAUUGAUCCAACACGGAGGUAUCUUUACCUUCAGGUUUUGAGUGGAAAAGCUUUCUUGGAACAUCUACAAGAACCUGAGCCUUUACCGGGACAAGUUUGUUCAACUUUUACUUUAUGUUUGCAUUUUCGAAACCAACGUUUUCGUUCUAAACCUGUUCCAUGUGCCUGUGAACCAGAUUUUCAUGAUGGCUUUUUACUUGAAGUACACAGAGAAAGCUUAGGUGAUGGAACUAGAAUGGCUGAUUCAACAACAAUGUUAUCAAUAAGUGAUCCAGUUCAUAUGGUGCUAAUCAAAACAGAUAUAUUUGGUGAGACCACUCUAGUAGCAUCCUAUUUUCUUGAAUGGCGAUCAGUUUUGGGCUCAGAAAAUGGAGUAACCAAUCUUACUGCAGAACUUAUGGGUGUAGGCACAGAAUCAAAAGUUUCUGUGGGAGUUUUAAACAUAAAACUUGAGAUGUACCCACCACUCAAUCAAACAUUAUCUCAAGAAGUAGUGAGCACACAGCUUGCUUUGGAACAUCAGAAAACUGCAGAGAAAGAGCGAUUGUUUCUUGUAUAUGCUAAGCAAUGGUGGAGAGAAUAUUUGCAAAUUCGACCCUCACACAACUCACGACUGGUUAAGAUUUUUGCUCAGGAUGAAAAUGGGAUAAAUAGGCCAGUCUGUUCCUUUGUUAAACCACUAAGAGCUGGGAGGCUUCUGGAUACCCCAAGGCAAGCAGCAAGAUUUGUUAAUGUCCUUGGUUAUGAAAGAGCCCCUGUUAUCGGAGGAGGAGGUAAACAGGAACAGUGGUGCACUCUGCUGGCCUUUCUUUGUAGAAACAAGGGUGACUGUGAAGAUCAUGCUAACCUUCUGUGCAGUCUUCUUCUUGGAUAUGGAUUAGAAGCCUUUGUCUGUGUUGGGACUAAAGCAAAAGGAGUACCUCAUGCUUGGGUUAUGACUUGUGGAACUGAUGGAACCAUCACUUUUUGGGAGAGUUUAACAGGACACAGGUACAUCCACAAAUCUACCAAUCUCGAUGAACCUCCAGCUGCUGAACAACCCAAACCAUUGUAUCCAUAUCGAACAAUUGGUUGUGUUUUCAACCAUCAGAUGUUUCUGGGAAAUUGUCAGCCCUCUGACUCAGUAGAAACCUGUGUAUUUGAUUUGAAUGAUGAAUCUAAAUGGAAACCCAUGAGUGAAGAAGCAAUUAAAUCUGUGUGUGCUCCAGGAGCUACAACAUCCCUUCCUCCUUUUCCACCUCUUUGUGCAUCCACAAUUGAUGCUUCAGUAACAAGUAAUGAAAUAGAAAUGCAGCUAAGGUUACUAGUGUCAGAACACAGGAAGGAUCUUGGCCUCACUACUGUUUGGGAAGACCAGCUUUCCUAUCUCUUAUCACCGGCUUUGGCUUCUUAUGAAUUUGAGCGUACAACAAGUAUAUCUGCAGGCAAUGAAGAAUUUCAAGACGCCAUAAGGAGGGCUGUACCUGAUGGUCACACAUUUAAAGGAUUUCCAAUACAUUUUGUGUAUAGAAAUGCAAGGCGUGCAUUUGCCACAUGUCUUCGGUCUCCUUUCUGUGAAGAAAUAAUCUGUUGCCGUGGAGACCAAGUGCGACUGGCAGUUCGUGUCCGAGUGUUUACUUACCCUGAAUCUGCAUGUGCUGUAUGGAUCAUGUUUGCUUGUAAAUAUCGCUCAGUAUUAUAGGACUAAUAUCUCUAUAAGAAUAUACCUGUAUUUAAUUGGAAUUUUACACAUUGUAUAUUAGUACCUGUUUAGAAGUUAUUUUAAAAAUCACAAUCUGGCUUGUUAUGUCAUAUUUCAGUUUUGUAAAUACCUGUAGUGUGUGAAAAAAAUUAUGAUGUGUGUAUUUAAAAAUUAAGGAUGAAAAGCUUGUAUAAAUUUUAGUGGAAUUUAGUAUAAAUUAAGUACAUAUUCUAUUUUAAUAAAUACUAUUUUGUUUAUAAGUAUUUAGUAGUUUAAAUAUGAAUAUAAAAUUUACUCAAUCUUUAUAUUAAUAAGUGUUCAGAAAGAUAUUUGUCUGAGGGUUUGAGCCAUAGUAAUACAAUAUGAUCAUUAUUUUUCUUAGAUUAAUGGGAUUAUUUUAUAUAAGUUAGGAGGAAUUAACCUCACAACAGAAUUUAUUUAUUACAUAGGUUAAGAGACAUUUUGAUGAAUUAUCACUUUUGUGGUUUACCCAUGGCCAUAGGGAUAUUUGUGACUUUUCAGAGAUUUAUGGGAAGACUUGAUACAAGAGUAGGUAAAAACUAGUACCGGAAAAGCAUAAAUAUUAAUGACAAACUUCACAUGAAAGUAUAUGAAUAAUUUAUAAGUACUUGUUAGUUUUAUUCAUUAUAAAAAUGAAUUAGGUAUUUUAGAAAAAAUUCCUUAUACCAUUUUGUUGCAAUAUUGACAAAUUGUUUUCUGUAAUUAAUAUUAGUACCUGUUUAAGUUCAGGGUCAUGUGGGAAGCAACCAGUUGUUGUCUGUUGUUGAUUUUCUGUGGUCAAAGGAUUCAUUACUAGCUUUUUCAUGGAUUCCAUCUUCUGAAAACACAUUUAAAAAAAUUAUUUUUAAUUUCAGUAUGAUAAAAACAUCAGUAUAUAUGUGACUAAUCUAAAUCAGAGAAUAGUUGUGUGAGACCACUUAAAAACAAUAUGAGUGACUCUUUCCUGAUGUUUGUUUUAAAACUGAGCAAGUUUUAAAAAUUAGUUUUAAAAUAAAGCAAGUUUUAAAAGCAAGCAUAUAGCAGUUUGACUUUUUUGUAAGAAGCUGCAUAAUGUAAGUGAUAGGUUUGACUGUCAGUCAGCAUCUCUGUGCACAGGUUUUAAUAUUGUCUUUAAGAAAGUAAUUGUAUACCAGUUGGCUCUGCAAGUUUUUCUUUUUAUUACAAUUUACCAUUGUGAAUAUGAUUUAAUGUUUUUUAAAAAAUGA